AUGGGUCUCUUUGAUCGCCUCCUCCUCGGCGGCGAUCGCAGCAGGGGGAAGGAGGACCAGGAGCGCGGUGGCGGCGCCGAUACGGCCGCCAUGGGGUCAGACGUGCCGCCACCGUCCGCCAUCCCUCCCCUCUCGGCCGCUGCUGCCUCUGUAGUCUGCCGAUGCGCCCGGAUCGCGGGCGUGCCGGUGGAUCAGCUGCUCCGGCGGCUGGACGCGGAGGAGCAGGCCGGCGGGCCGCUGGAGUACGCCAGGAGCGUCGUGGAGUACUGCUCCCACGUCGCCCUGCGCGUGGAGGCCAGGCGCCCGGACCACCUCGGCGACAGGGAGUUCCACACGCUCACCUAUGAUAUGAUGCUCGCCUGGGAGGCGCCCGACGAGGAGACCGACGCCGUGUUCGAGAAAACGGCAUUCAGCGUUCUCCGUGACGACGCGGACGACGACGACGGUGCAUCCAUUUUCUAUUCAAGCCCAACGCAGAUGGCAAUUCAGGUUGAUGGCAGGAGGACGGUUGGACCCGAGGCAUUUACCAAGAUUGCUCCUGCCUGCCCUGCCAUGGCACACCCCAUCACCGUCCGUAACCUAUUUGACGCGCUCACCAACUCCACCGGAGGACGGCUGCAUUUCCUUAUCUACCACAAGUAUCUCAGAAGCUUAGACGAGGCGUUCUGCUCCGCAAAACGUAUGUUAGGGGGGCACAAAGCUCCUGCCCUGCAGCUCUCUGCUGAUGAGGUGAUCCUUGACAUCCACGGGGCUGCGACAACCAAGCCAGUUCUUCAGCACAUCGGGACGUCCACAUGGCCUGGGAGGCUCACACUGACGAAUCACGCACUCUACUUUGAGGCUAUUGGUGUUGAUUUCUCAUACGGCGAGGCUGUUGUGUAUGAUCUGGCAAGGGACUUGAAACAAUCAGUAAAACGUGAGUCCACUGGGCCAUGGGGUGCUCACCUCUUUGACAAGGCUGUCAUGUACAAGUCCAGCCUGACAAGUGAACCCAUCUUCUUUGAAUUCCCACAAUUGAAAGGCCACACUCGCCGAGACUACUGGUUUGCAGCCAUCAAAGAGGUGCUGCACGCACACAAGUUCAUCAGGAAGUACAGGCUUGGUAGUUUCCAGAAGGCGGAGGCGCUCUCCAUCGCAACAUUAGGGAUUUUGCGGUACCGCACUGUGAAACAGGGAUUCAACAUACUACCAGCACAUUUCAAGACCAUCCUUGCCUUCAACUUGGCAGAGAAAUUGCCGAAAGGGGACAAGAUUUUGGAGGCAUUGUAUGGCCAGCUCAAGCAGCAUUGCCCAAGAUUCAGAGGAAGCCAGGAUUUUGGUCAGAGCAGUUCUGAUGAAUUGAUGCGUGCUGACCCCUUCCCACUUUCUGCAUAUACCAUGGUGACAAUGGGUUUGCUAAAACUGAAAGAGGAGGACACCGCUGAGGAGAGGGAUUUCACUGUGCGAGACGUGCAGAUUGGAGGAACUAGCUCAGUUCAGAUGGCUCUAGAGCGAUCGGUUGGGUAUUCAGGUAGAGUGGAAGCGGCAAGGGCUACGCUUGAUCAGGUCAAAGUGGAAGACAUAGACACUAAUGUAGCUGUUCUAAAGGAACUACUAUUUCCUUUGAUUGAAAUAGGCAAAAGGUUGCUCACUUUGGCCGGGUGGGAAGAGCCCUUUAAAUCUUUUGUCUUCUUGUUAUGUUUCCUCUACAUGGCAUACAGUGGUUGGAUCUGGUUCAUGUUUCCUGGAUUUUUGCUUGGUUCUACUCUCUUCAUGCUAUGGAACAAACAUUACGGGAAUGGGCGCUCGGUAGAAGCAUUUGAGAUCAUAACUCCUCCUCGAAGAAGAACCGUGGAACAACUCCUAGCUCUGCAACAGGCCAUCUCGCAGCUGGAAGCACACGUGCAAACAGGGAACAUUUUUCUCCUCAAGCUCCGGUCCCUCAUGCUUGCAGCAUUUCCUCAGAGCACCAACAGAGUUGCAGCUGCAUUGGUCGUUGUGGCCACGAUAUUCACAUUCAUGCCAUUGAGAACCAUUGUUCUACUGAUUCUUCUGGAGGCAUACACAAGACAGAUGCCAUUGAGGAAGAAGAGUAGUGAAAAGUUGGUGAGAAGGUUAAGGGAGUGGUGGCUCCGGAUUCCACUUGCGCCUGUACAACUUCUAAAGCCUCGGGACACUAGGAGAUGGAGAUCGAGAUUGAGAUAA